AUGAUUGAUUGGUCUAUGUUACCGAAGGAGCUACUCUUGAUGAUUGCCAUCCGUUUGUAUUCUGUCCUCGAGCUCCUCCACUUCCGUAGCACCUGUACAUCUUGGCGCUCCUCCAUUUCUGUUGCUGAUGACAAUCCUUUCCCAAGCCGCCCUCUCAUCCACCUCAACCCCCUCAUCGCAACUGUGGUUAUUAAACCACCUAGAAAGAAACAACUCUACGGCCUCAACUACAGGGAGUUUCUAUCACACACCUCCUUUUUCCGAGUCUCCUCCUCAAACCAGGGGUGGCUGAUCAAAUGCGACACAGCGGGGCUCACUUAUGGGACAUUUCGUUGUCUUCUCAACCCUCUUUCGCGCCUCCCCUUGCAUCAUUGGUGCCAAAAUAUCGACCUUACCAAAUUCAAAGUUCUUGAGAUUCAACCAGCCUAUACUGUUCAAAACUGGCUAAAGAAGAACCAAGAUUUUGGGUUCAAAAGAUUGGUCCUUACGGGAAAACAUCCACUUCUCGGAGUCUGCUGCGACGGGAAGAUCAGGUACUGGAACGGAGUAAUUUGGACCAGAAUCAAAGACCAAGUGGCUCUAUUCUGCGACAUUAUAGUCCAGAGAGGGCUAGCCUACGCCUUGGAUUCCAAUGGGAUUGUUUGGUGGAUUAGUUCAUCUCUCGACAUCUACAGGUAUGGACCUUCACUCGAUGAAAACAUCACUGAUGACUCUUGUAGAGACUUAACCUUAGUGGAGUGUUGUGAAGAGUUUUACAUUGUGGAUCGUCUCCUUGAAGAUAAUCUUCAGAAAAUAAAAGUUAGGUCAGUGAAUCGUCAAAGUUAUCCUCCAAGUUACAAAGUGAUACACGAUGAUGUUGGGAUCACGAGAUGCGAGUUAUCAGAAAGAAACUAUUAUACCAAAAUGGUUGGUUUCAAGGUUUACAAGGUGGAUGAAGAAUUGGAGAAAUGGGUACAAGUUAAGUCUUUGGGAGACAAUGCGCUUGUGAUGGCUACUGAUACUUGUUUCUCGGUUUUGACUCAUGAAUUCAACGGAUGUCUGCCCAACUCUAUUUACUUCUCUGAUGAGGACGAAUAUGAGAUUAAUGUGUUCAAGCUAGACGAUGGUAGUAUUAUGACAAUGUCGGGAUAUUCACAGGAUUGUUUCCAAAUGUUUGUUCCUAGCUUUCAUUGA